CGCUUUCGGCUUUGGUUCUGCACUCUUAAACCUAUCGAACCACCUACCUUUCUUUCCAAUCCCCCCAAUCCAAUCCAACCCAACUCACCUGACCACCCACUUGAUUUGACUCUGAAGAAACCCAAAAGCAAUGUCGGAUCUCUUUACCACUUUCGAUAGCAACGGCGACGCCGAGCACCACCCGCACCACCACAACUCCACAUCGUCCGGCAGCGGGCACCACCACGACCCACCCAUGGCCUCGCCUUCCCAGCACAGUCCGAUGACCAACAACAGCAACUCAUCCUCGCAGAACGGCGGCCCGGUUUCCGGUUUGGCCACGGGCAUGGGCACCCCAUCUGGUGGUAGCAAGACAUCCAAUCACACAGCAUCCGCCGCCGGCUCCGAGAACACCCCCAUGCUCACCAAGCCGCGUCUCACGGAACUAGUGCGGGAGGUGGACACCACCACGCAGUUGGACGAGGAUGUCGAGGAGCUGCUCCUCCAGAUAAUCGACGACUUUGUCGAGGACACCGUGAAGUCAACUAGCGCCUUUGCCAAGCACCGCAAGUCCAACAAGAUCGAGGUGCGUGACGUCCAGCUGCACCUCGAGCGCAAGUACAACAUGUGGAUACCCGGCUUCGGAACGGACGAACUGCGUCCCUACAAGCGGGCCGCCGUCACGGAGGCGCACAAACAGCGCCUGGCCCUCAUCCGGAAGACGAUCAAAAAGUACUAGGAUCGAAGGCUGGAGGAUCGGAACGAGGCUUUGUGUCGGUUUGCCGGAUUUCGUGUACGCUACCCGCACAUGCCACAAACUAUUUUAAGCUCCAAUGUAGACUAAAGAACAAAUUUACCCCGUUCUAUUUUAGAUGUAAAAAAAAAUAAAUGUACACAGUUGAUUUUACAUUUAACAA